CCAGCAUUUCCAGCAUAACCAACAACAAACUGUGCAAUGUAAAAUAAUAGUGCAAACAAUAUACAAUAAUAUUGUAUCAUUAUUAGUGCAAAAUAAAUUAAAACUAAGGUGAAAUAAUAUAAACUAACAGUGCAGGGUAAACUAAGAAAAUACUAGUAAUUUUUUUUUUAAAAUUUAAUUAAGUAAAAAAAAAAAAAUGUAUUGCUAAAUGUGAAAAUUGUAACAUCAACUCUCUGUCGCCUUCCUUUCGGCUAUUUCCGUUGAUUUCCGUAACUACUCGGAAACUGUUCAGAAGAGGGGGCAGGACUCGGCGCUCGAGUGCGCCUGUAACUAAUCCAGUUCAUUCCACCGGAUCAGUUCACCUGAACUCCUGACGAAUGUUUAUGGGCGCGCAGGUGAGCUUUACCGGAUACUAUCUUUCGAGACGGUACUUACUCGACAGUUUUUUAGCCUUUUAAUAGUUUCGGUCAACUUUAAAAGCGGACUUUGUGAUUAUUUUAAACCAACCUCCAAACACUUCUGAGGAAUGCGGCGGAACUGAACCAAUACUGUUUACUGUCUGUGUUUACAAAGUGAUUCGGGUCGCGCGAGUCAAUCUUAAAAGGAAGUCAUGGCAACAGGAGGAUUUAAAUCUAACAGCGCGACAGACUUUCUGGAGGAAUGGAAAGCAAAGCGCGAGAAGAUGAGAGCAAAGAUGCUUGGAGAUAUCGCCGCCGCCACCGGGAGAACCGGUGAGUUAAACAACAACGGCAGCUCGGUUAACGUUAACUGCGUCUCUUCUACGUCCUCCUAUCCGGUGGCCCUGUCUUCCUCCUCGUCCGCUCUGAAACGACCGGAGGACGAGCCAAAGAAACCCGAGCAGCCCGGGGAAAACUUGAAGACGCCGGAGAAAGUGAGUGGAGUGCCGCAGGCGGAGAGCGCGAGCCCCACUGGUGUGGAUGACAGUGAUAAGGAGAGUCCCACACACAGCAAGAGCAAAGAGAAGAAGAGCUCGGGACCCAGUGCCAGAAAGGGCAAAGGACAGAUAGAGAAAAGGAAGUUAAGAGAGAAGAGGAGGUCAACGGGGGUUGUCAGCAUACCGUCCAGUGAGAGCUUGGAUGAGCUUGAUGACGAUGACGGAGAAGAGAAGGAGAAGAAGAUGGAAGAAAGUCUUACGCAGCACAACACGGUCCAGAACGAGGCGAUGACCUCUGACCCCGGAGCGGCCCACUCGAUACAGAGAGGAAACGUGACCCAGGAUCACAUCAGCAUCAUCUUUUUGACUUUUUAUUUUGGAGUUUUAAAACCGAACUUCAGGGAUGCUCAGGCCACGACAACAUGGUUGGAUGCACAUGAUGUGUCUCUGGAUAUUCACUGUAGUCUGUUCAAGAAAUGGUUUUGCACUCAAAAAUGUGUCUUUUUGUUUUUGUGCAGCGAUGAAGACGGAAACGGACAUCGCCACGAAAGGGAAGACAGCGGUGCCGCGCCCACAACCCUGGAGAGAAGGAUAGAGGAGCUAGAAAGGGAGCUGGCCGCGGAGAGACAGGAGACCGGUCGCCUGUUGAAGGCCCACCAGGAUAAUGACGAGCUGAUCGUUAAGCUGAAGGAGGAGAUCGACCUGCUAAACCAGGAUCUGGAUGAUAUUGAAGAUGAGAAUGAGCAGCUCAAACAGGAAAAUAAGACCUUGCUCAAAGUGGUCGGCCAGCUCACCAGGUAGAACCCGGCGACCCGAGGAUGGCUGAAAUGGAUUCUGCGUCUAGCUGCGAUGGCCGGAGGGAUUUGCUGAACGAUGCGACCGCCUCUCGCCUCUGUCCUUUACGUGUUCUGCUCUGGUCUUACGUGUCUGUCCGUGUUGUCGUCACUCUAUGGAAGAGGAUGCGUGCGUGCCUUGGGGAGGCUUUGAGAACACGGACCUCUGGAUGUUGAACCAAGCCGCUCGAUGUGGUGUUACUCGACGCAUCCCGCUUUUACGAGGGUUGUCGAAAGGAACUUGCCUUUUAUUUAAUGUAAAUGUGUGUGUACAUAGGCUACGCUGACUGUUCUUUUAAGACUUACGCAGGACAACGAAAAGGGGAAAUGCCUUUGAAUAUAUGGGGCGGCACCAAAUUUAUUUUCUUUCGUUUUUAUUCUUCAAGCUCAGAGGCUUUUUUUACAAUCAAAUCUCAAAUCGUUCAUCCAAUUGCACAUCUUUGCUAUAUUGGGAUGAUAGACGCAUUCUGCCUGUUUCUCUCACGCUUUCAAAGGACUGCUUUUGGGAUAUUUCAGCUUUAAGGGCUCCUCUAUCAGUUAAAAGUGGCCACAAUUGCCUUUACAUUUAAAGUCUGUCUCUUUAACACACAUCACUUCUAUUACCCAUGAGUCCAAGAAGUGCCUGUUAGACAGGAGCCCACAUCUAAACUUAAACUGGGUAACUGAUCCUCCCCGGUGGUUGGCGGUACUAGGUGCAAUUCUGUGUUUCGGCCUCCGAGAGCAUGAUGCUACGAACAUGUUUCUGGCUUGGAGCUUGCAAAUGCUGUAAUGAAUAUUAUGUUAUUGUCUGAUUUUAAAAAUUUUACACACUGUUCAAAUGUUUACAAGUUGUUUAAACUCUUGGUAUCAAUAGAUGUAGCUGUUCAUCAUGUACGGUUAACGCGACGUAUAGCCUGCGUAUAUAGGAUGCUGCUGUGCAUCUUUCAAAUAACCAAAUCGAUUGAAGGCGUUAUUAAGCAUGUUCAUGUGGUCUCUCAUAGCUGAAAAAGACGGGGAUAUGACAUUACAUUUAAUUGUGAUUGCAAGGUCACCACUUUGGGGUUCAUAUCUACAGUGAUGCUAAUCUACAGUGCUAAUGAAAUCUAUUCUAUGAAGUCAUUUGAGGGGGUAUCUUUUUCUUUUGGUUUUAGACUGUAUUGGGGUGGGAGAUAUCUGCAUCCCACUGCUUUACAUAAUGCAUGUACAGAAGAUUAAAUAAAAGUUUCAAUAAAAA